AUGAAAGAUUUGAAGGCGAAGAACUACUUGUUUCAGGCCAUUGACAGAACAGUCUUUCAGACUAUUCUGGACACUGGAUCAUCCAAAAGCAUUUGGGAUUCUAUGAAGAAGAAGUAUCAAGGGACGGAUCACAUCCAACGUGCAAAAUUACAGGCUCUCAAGAAAGACUUUGAGGUGCUUCAUAUGAAGGAAGGAGAAUCUGUGAAUGGUUUUCUCUCUCGAACAUUAACCAUUGUCCACAAGAUGAGACAGCACAAAGGAAAGGUAAGUGAAAAAGAUGUUGUUGAGAAAAUUUUAAGGUCAAUAACUCCUAAUUUUGCAUAUGUAGUUUGUUCAAUUGAGGAAUCAAAGGAUCUCAGUACUCUUUCAAUUGAUGAGCUUCAAAGCAACUUGUUGGUUCAUGAACAACGCAUGAAUGCACAUGUUGAGGAAGAACAAGCCUUGAAAGUUACAUACUGUGAAUCUUAA